AUGUCAGCAGAAUCCUCAUCACCUCUUCCGCACUCUGAUGCCACGGGAGAGAAGUUCGAUACUCAGUACGGCUCCUCGUAUGCCGCCAAGCAUAAGCUCUCAUCCCACUUUAUCGGCGGGAAUAGACUAGAUUUGGCACCUUCGGGCCCUGUAAAGGACUUUGUAGCUGGUCAUGACGGACAUACCGUUAUCACGAACGUACUCAUUGCAAAUAACGGUAUCGCCGCCGUCAAGGAAAUCAGAAGUGUACGGAAAUGGGCGUACGAGACAUUUGGCGAUGAGCGGGCAAUCCAGUUUACCGUUAUGGCGACGCCGGAAGAUUUGAAGGCCAAUGCUGAUUACAUUAGAAUGGCUGAUAAAUACGUUGAAGUACCGGGAGGAACAAAUAACAACAAUUAUGCCAACGUCGAAUUGAUUGUCGAUGUUGCGGAACGUAUGGGCGUGCAUGCCGUAUGGGCUGGAUGGGGUCACGCAAGUGAAAAUCCAAAGCUUCCGGAGUCGCUGGCGGCAUCGAAACACAAAAUCGUAUUUAUCGGACCCCCAGGAUCUGCUAUGCGCUCCUUGGGUGACAAAAUUUCAUCCACAAUCGUAGCUCAACAUGCCAAUGUUCCUUGUAUCCCCUGGAGUGGUACUGGCGUCGAUGAUGUCGUGGUUGAUGAUGCCGGACUUGUUACCGUUGCACCUGAAAUUUAUACUAAGGGAUGCGUUACAACUGCCGAAGAGGCGCUCGAGAAGGCGCGAAUAAUCGGUUUCCCAGUUAUGAUCAAGGCUAGUGAAGGUGGUGGUGGUAAGGGUAUUCGAAAGGUCGAGGGAGAAGAUGGAUUCCAGGCGCUUUUCACACAGGUGGCGAAUGAAGUCCCCGGAUCUCCAAUCUUUGUUAUGAAGCUAGCUGGUCAGGCCAGACAUUUGGAAGUCCAGCUCCUAGCGGAUCAGUAUGGUAACAACAUCUCGUUAUUUGGACGUGAUUGUUCCGUCCAGAGACGACAUCAAAAGAUCAUCGAAGAAGCUCCGGUUACUAUCGCCAGACAAGAAACUUUCACGGAGAUGGAGAAGGCGGCUGUUAGAUUGGGCAAGUUGGUCGGUUACGUGUCUGCCGGUACCGUCGAGUACCUAUACUCGCAUGCCGAAGACAAGUUCUACUUCUUGGAGUUGAACCCUCGUUUACAGGUCGAGCAUCCGACUACUGAGAUGGUUACUGGUGUUAACCUCCCAGCUGCCCAGCUUCAGAUUGCUAUGGGUUUACCACUUCACAGGAUUCGUGAUAUUCGAUUACUCUAUGGCGUCGAUACCGCCUCUACUACCGAAAUUGAUUUCGACUUCUCAUCGGAAGAGUCCUUGCUUUCACAGCGUCGUCCAACUCCCAAGGGACAUACCACCGCUUGCAGAAUUACCUCCGAGGAUCCCGGUGAAGGAUUCAAGCCAUCUUCUGGUACAAUGCACGAUUUGAACUUCAGAUCUUCCUCGAAUGUCUGGGGUUACUUCUCCGUUAGUUCUCAGGGUGGUAUCCACUCUUUCUCCGAUUCUCAAUUCGGUCACAUCUUCGCAUAUGGAGAGAACAGAUCCGCCUCUAGGAAGCACAUGGUUAUCGCCUUGAAGGAACUGAGCAUCCGUGGUGACUUCAGAAAUACCGUUCAAUACCUCAUCAAACUUCUUCAACUCGAGUCCUUCGAGGAAAACACCUUUACCACAGGCUGGCUAGACGAGCUCAUCAGCAACAAGAUGACAGCUGAGAGACCAGAUCCCAUGUUAGCUGUCGUCUGCGGUGCCGUCACAAAGGCCCACAUUGCUAGCGAGACCUGUAUCAGCGAUUAUAGAACAUCGCUUGAGAGGGGUCAGGUGCCAUCGAAGGGAGCACUUAAAACCGUUUUCCCAGUUGAAUUUAUCUACGAGGGUGUUCGCUACAAAUUCACUGCCACGAGGUCUAGCGGAAACUCUUACCAUUUGUUCAUCAACGGUUCUAAGUGCGCAGUUGGUAUCCGCGCCCUUGCUGACGGCGGUUUACUUGUGCUGCUUAGUGGUCGCAGUCACAACGUUUACUGGAAAGAGGAUGUCGGCGCCACUCGUUUGAGUGUUGAUAACAUGACAUGUCUUUUGGAGCAAGAGAGCGAUCCAACACAGCUUAGAACUCCCUCUCCAGGAAAGCUAGUCAAGUUCCUCGUUGACAGCGGAGAUCAUGUCAAGAAGGGUCAAGCCUUCGCUGAAGUCGAGGUCAUGAAGAUGAUUAUGCCUUUGAUUGCUCAAGAAGACGGUAUGGUUCAAUUGAUCAAGCAACCCGGAGCGGUUCUCGAGGCCGGUGAUAUCCUUGGUAUCCUCGCCUUGGACGAUCCAUCCCGUGUGAAGCAUGCCCUUGCGUUCGAAGGCCAGCUUCCGAACUUCGGAGACCCACAGAUCGUUGGUACCAAGCCUGCGCAAAGAUUUGAACUCCUCAUCAGUAUUCUUAGGAACAUACUUGAGGGGUUCGAUAAUCAAGUCAUCAUGGCGCCGACACUAAAAGAGCUGAUUGAAGUGCUGAGGAACCCGGAACUCCCAUACGGUGAAUGGAGCGCACAGUUUGCGGCAUUGCACUCUAGAAUGCCGGCAAAACUUGGAACUUUGUUUACUACGGUUGUUGAUAGGGCUAGGGGGAGGAAGGCUGAAUUCCCUGCAAAGACUCUUCUAAAAACAUUUGAUAAGUUUAUCGACGACCAUUCGCAGACCGGUGACGCUUCCGGGUUGAGAGUCUCCCUUUCUCCUUUGCUUGAUAUCAUCAAGCGAUACCAAGAUGGACUUAAAGCUCACGAGUUUAACGUCAUUACGGCUCUCCUUGAUCAAUACUGGGUAACCGAGAAGAUCUUUUCUGGCCAGAAUACUCGAGAAGAGGAUGUCGUUUUGAGACUUCGAGACGAGAACAAGGAUAACAUCGACACUGUUGUCCAGGCUGUUCUCUCCCACAGCAAGAUUGGAGCCAAGAAUAACUUGAUCAUUGCCAUUCUUGACGAAUACAGGCCCAACAGACCGAAUGUCGGUGCUGUUGGCAAGUAUUUCCGUACUUCCCUCAAGAAGCUGACAGACUUGGAUAACCGUUCAACUUCAAAGGUGCAACUUAAGGCCAGAGAAUUGCUCAUCCAAUGCGCUUUGCCAUCCAUUGAGGAACGUCAAGGUCAGAUGGAACAUAUUCUGCGAUCUUCUGUUGUCGAAUCUCGUUAUGGUGAGGGCGGCUGGGAUCACAGAACUCCAAGCGUUGAAUUGCUCAAAGAAGUCAUCGAUUCCAAAUACACCGUCUUCGAUGUCCUUCCUCACUUCUUCGGCCACUCUGAUCCAUGGGUCUCUCUCGCGGCCCUCGAAGUCUAUAUCAGACGUGCUUACCGUGCCUACCAACUCAUGUCUGUCGACUACCAUUACACCGACACCGAACCACCAUUCAUGAUUACCUGGGAUUUCUGUCUCAGCAAGAUGGGCUUCUCAGACGCUGGAUUCCCCAUGCAACCCUCUACACCCGGAACACCCACUGCUGACAAAGCGAACCCAUUUAAGAGAAUAGGAUCCAUAAGUGAUAUGAGCUUCCUUGUCAAAAAUGCGGAGUCCGAGCCUAUUAGGAAGGGCGUCGUCGUACCCAUCGGAUAUCUUGACGAGGCAGAAGAAUAUCUCUCCAGGGCGCUCGAAUUGCUACCCAAGAAGGUCCAGAAGUUCGGAGGCGCCAGCGGCCUCAUGCCCGACCUCUCCCGGAGAAGACCACAACCUCUCAAAGUAGAGGAUGACGAAGAUCUUAGCGGCGUAUGUAAUGUGGCUGUUCGAGAUGUCGAGAACUUGACGGAUACGGAGAUCGCGGAGAGGAUUUCCGCCCUAAUGCAGGAAAGCACUGACGAGCUGCUCGCGCGCCAUAUUCGUCGUGUUACCUUCAUCUGUGGCCACAGGGAUGGCACCUAUCCGGGUUACUUUACGUUCCGUGCGCCAACUUACGUUGAAGACGAGAGGAUCCGUCAUAUCGAGCCGGCUUUGGCUUUCCAGCUUGAGUUGUCUCGGUUGUCGAAUUUCAAUAUCACUCCGGUGUUCACAGAGAACAGGAAUAUCCAUGUCUACAAGGCUGUGGGAAAGAAUGUACCAUCCGAUCAGAGGUACUUUACCCGUGCUGUCGUCAGACCGGGCAGACUCAGAGACGACAUUCCUACACCAGAGUAUUUGAUCUCCGAAACCGACCGUCUCGUUAGUGACAUCCUCGACGCAUUAGAAAUCAUUGGCAACAAUGGUACCGAUCUUAACCACAUUUUCAUCAACUUCUCACCCGUCUUCCCUCUUGAGCCCGAAGAAGUCUUCUCAGCCCUCGGUGGCUUCAUCGACCGUUUCGGUCGUCGUUCAUGGAGACUUCGUGUCACCACCGCUGAAAUCCGUAUCGUCUGCUCUGACCCAUCAACAGGCAUUGCCACCCCUCUCAGAGUCAUCAUCAACAACGUCUCCGGAUAUGUCAUUCAAUAUGAAGUUUACUUUGAGAAGAAGAACGAGAAAAAGCAAUGGGUCUUCCACAGCAUUCCGUUGGAAAGCAACAGCAAGCCAGGUUCUAUGCACCUUCGUCCCGUUAGUACGCCCUAUGCUACUAAGGAGGCGCUUCAGCCAAAGCGUUAUCGGGCACACCUUAUGGGAACCCAAUACGUUUACGACUUCCCAGAACUCUUCCGUCAAGCUAUCCAAAAUAGCUGGGAUAAGGCCGUCAAGAAGCACCCAGAGCUUAGGAAGGCGAUGCCGCAGCCUGGUACCUGCAUUGACUAUAAUGAAUUGGUGCUCGAUGACAACUAUAGCUUGGUUGAAGUCAAUCGAGAGCCUGGUACUAAUACCCACGGUAUGGUUGGAUGGCUCGUUACCGCGAAGACCCCUGAGUAUCCUAAAGGCCGAAGGUUUGUGAUCAUCGCCAACGAUAUCACGUUCAAGAUAGGAUCCUUCGGGCCGCAGGAGGAUCGGUUUUUCAAUGCUUGCACUGAGUUGGCAAGGAAGCUUGGUAUUCCCAGAAUCUACUUGUCUGCAAACUCCGGUGCCCGUAUCGGUAUGGCCGAAGAGCUUAUUCCGUUGUUCUCGGUUGCGUGGAAUGACCCUGGAAAGCCAGACGCUGGAUUCAGGUAUCUUUACUUGACUCCUGAGGUCCAUGCUAAAUUUGAAGAGAGUGGAAGGAAGGAGGUCAUUACCGAGAGAGUUGUCGAGGAAGGCGAGGAGAGGUAUAAGAUUACUACGAUUAUUGGAAGAGAGGAUGGGUUGGGUGUGGAAUGUUUGAGAGGUUCCGGUAUCAUUGCUGGUGCUACAUCGAGGGCCUAUGAUGAUAUCUUUACGAUUACAUUGGUCACUUGUCGAUCCGUUGGUAUCGGUGCUUACCUUGUCAGACUCGGCCAGCGUGCUGUGCAAAUUGAAGGGCAGCCAAUCAUCUUGACCGGUGCCCCGGCUAUCAACAAACUCUUGGGUCGUGAAGUCUACACAUCCAAUCUUCAACUUGGUGGAACCCAGAUCAUGUACAAGAAUGGUGUUUCCCAUCUCACCGCAUCUAACGACUUCGAUGGGAUUACGAAGAUUGUGUCGUGGUUGUCUUACGUCCCUGAUAAGAGGAACUCACCUGUUCCAAUCCUACCAUCUAGCGAUCCUUGGGAUCGUGAUAUCCUUUACAUGCCUCCUCAAAGGGAGCCAUACGAUGUUAGAUGGUUGAUUGGUGGCAAAGAAGACGACAUCGGCUUCGCACACGGUCUAUUUGAUAAGGAAUCCUUCCAGGAAACACUCAGCGGAUGGGCCAAGACUGUUGUCAUCGGCAGAGCUAGACUGGGCGGUAUCCCCGUCGGUGUCAUCGCUGUCGAAACACGAUCCGUCGAAAAUGUCAUCCCAGCCGAUCCCGCCAACCCAGAUUCUACCGAACAAAUCAACAUGGAAGCCGGACAAGUCUGGUACCCCAAUUCGGCCUUCAAAACCGCACAAGCUAUCAACGACUUCAACAAGGGUGAACAGUUACCCCUCAUCAUCCUUGCCAACUGGCGUGGUUUCUCUGGUGGUCAGCGUGAUAUGUACUUCGAAGUUCUCAAGUACGGUGCAUACAUUGUCGAUGCGCUGGUUAAGUACCAACAACCGAUCUUUGUUUACAUCCCACCAUUUGGAGAACUACGUGGUGGUUCGUGGGUUGUUAUCGAUCCUACAAUCAACGCCGAUAUGAUGGAGAUGUAUGCGGAUGAGGAAGCUAGAGGUGGUGUCUUGGAACCCGAGGGUAUCGUUGGGAUUAAAUAUAGGAGAGACAAGCAGCUCGAGACUAUGGCUAGACUCGAUCCAACCUAUGCAGAACUCAGGCAACAACUUCAGAACAAAUCGUUGUCAGCAAGCGAGCAGUCGGAUAUCAAGGUUAAGAUGACAGAGAGAGAGAACCUCCUCAUGCCAGUCUACGGACAAAUCUCCCUGCACUUCGCAGAUCUCCACGAUCGCGCCGGAAGAAUGAAGGCGAAGGGAGUGAUCAGGAAGGAACUGCAAUGGUAUAAUGCUCGAAGAUUCUUGUACUGGCGAUUGAGAAGACGAUUGAAUGAGGAGUAUAUCCUGAAGAAGCUGGUUCCUGUAUCGAAGAAUAUGACGAGAGCGACGGCACUAGAGUUACUGAAGAACUGGUACGGAGGUGAAAGUUUUGAAGGUAACGAUAGGGCUGUUGCUACGUGGUAUGAAGAGCACACUAAGGAUGUUGCUGCUAAGAUGGAGGAAUUGAAGCUUGAUGGGGUUGCGAAGGAGGUUGCGGGGAUGUUGGGAGGGAAUGGAGCUACUAAGGCCGGGGCGUUGAAGGGGAUUGCGGCAUCGAUUGAGAAGUUGUCGGCUGAGGAGAAGGCGGCGCUUUUGGGCAUGCUUUCAUAG